AUGACAACGGCAGUGGUGGCCCAAGCGGACCCCGCGCGGGAGGCCCCAGCGAAGACGCUGCACAAAGUACGCAGCUUCACACCAGGCGUGGUGCUGGCGGAUGUUGCGACGGCCCUCGUCGUGGGCGCGUCCGCCGCCGUCCCCAUCUCCAUCGUCGACUACAGCAUCAUGGCGCGGGUGGCCGGCGUGACGGACAGCAGCCUGCGUGAGCUGUGGCGGGGCACCAAGACGCUGCUGCUGCGCCCCCAUCGCUUCUUCCUGCCGUGCGCGGAGAACAAGUGCAGCCUCGUGUUUCGCGUGUGCUUUGCGGUGUACACCGGCACCUACAUUGGCUCGAACACCAUGAAGAGCUACUGCGAGGCGAAGGGCUACGCCACGGAGACCGGCAACCUCGCCACCGGCAUCACGAGUGGCUUCUUCAACACCGCCUUGACGAUAUGGAAGGACGGCGUCAUCCUCCGCUCGCUGCCGCCGAUCAACGCAAAUAUGGUGGCCGCCGCGGCGAAGCCCGUGCCGUGGCUGACGCGGGGGCUUUUCGGCACCCGCGACAUCCUCACCUGCGUCGGCGCCUUCACCAUCGCCCCAAUGGUGGCGAAUUGGCUUGCGCGGCACUGCUGGAACCCGGCCGAGCGCGCAAAGGCGAAGGCGCCGGGGCCCGUCGAGGGCAAAGUGCGGAUCCCGCUCUCCACCGUUGACACGGCGCAGCUCCUCACCCCGGCGGCGCUGCAGUUCGUCACGACGCUGCUGCACAUCACGGCCAUCCGCUACCGCCAGACGUACCCCAAAUUCGACAUGCGGGACCUGCAGUCGAGCCUGCGGGACACGUACCUGUCCUCGACGCUGCUGCGCGUUGUCCGCAUCGUGCCCUCGUUUGGGUUGGGCGCAAUCCUCAACCGCGAGCUCCGCUCCGACCUGCUCGACCGCGCGGAGGGCCCCAGCGCAUGA